CGGUGGGGGCGGGCAUAGGGGUGGAAGGAGCGGGCAGGCGGGCGUCACUGCAUCGGCGUUCGGGCGGAAGGCGGAGCGGGUGACCGAGGCCGUUAAAUGUAUUUCAUCGGGCCGAGGGUCGGUUGAGAGGAAGAUGUCGCGGAGCCUGUGGAUGGGCGAUUUGGAAAAUUACAUGGAUGAAAAUUUCAUCUCGAGGGCGUUUGCCACAAUGGGUGAGACUGUAAUGAGUGUAAAAAUCAUCCGCAACCGGGUGACCGGGACACCAGCAGGUUACUGCUUUGUGGAGUUCGCAGACCAGGCUACUGCAGAACGAUGUCUGCUGAAGAUUAACGGGAAAAAACUUCCAGGUGCCUCACCUCAGCCCAGAAGAUUUAAGCUUAACUAUGCCACUUACGGGAAGCAGCCAGAUAACAGUCCUGAAUACUCAUUGUUUGUUGGAGACUUAACACCAGAAGUGGAUGAUGGAAUGCUUUAUGAGUUUUUCGUUGAAAAGUAUCCCACGUGUAGAGGAGGGAAAGUGGUAUUGGACAAUCUGGGAAACUCCAAAGGCUACGGCUUUGUGAAGUUCUCAGAUGAAGCUGAACAGAAGCGUGCACUUGCUGAGUGUCAAGGCGCUAUUGGCAUUGGAGGGAAAGCUUUAAGACUGAGUGUAGCAAUACCAAAAACAAAUCGUGUAGUGAAGGCACCCGACUACAGCCAGAUGUAUACUUAUAACUACAGCCAGUACUACCAACCAUACCAGAAUUACUAUACUCAUUGGGGGUAUGAUCAGUACACUGGAAGUUACAGCUACAGCUACCAACAGUAUGGUUAUACACCAAGUACCAUUCAGAGUUAUGAAGAAGUUGGAGAUGAUGCUCUGGAAGAUCCAGUUCCUUACUUUGAUGUUGAAGAAGCUAAUGCACAAUUCAUGGAACAGAGUGAAGAGUUCUACGAUGCCCUAAUGAAUUGCCAUUGGCAGCCAUUGGACAGUGUUGUAUCUGAAAUCCCUGCCUCGGCCCUGGCCUAGCUGCUAGAAAACCGUGAAACUACUAGAUACUCUAUGGGAUUGUGUUUUUCCCUUCACUCACAUUUUCUGUAAUAAGGUUCCUGAGAAAAUGGACUUAAAAAAUGCUGCACCCUCUUUUUCUAGUUUUAUCCAAGGUUUUAAGCAAAUAAUUUCAAAAGAAAUGUUUGUUUUUAGAAUAUUAGAAUUAGAGCUGUUCAAAUCAUUAAUCUGUUUUGCUCUGGAAUGUUUUAAAUGUGAUUAUAAAUAGGAGCAAGAGCCAGAAAUGUUAUGUGGUAUUCUCAUAACCAAGUGUGGGGGUUCAUAAUUCCAUGUGAAUCGCAACACCAGAGAGUGCCUUAUGGUUCUUUGUUGCAUAUGUCACUACUUCUGCGCAAUAUUGAUUUUAAACCUAACAAACUCAAAUGCCCACUGUCGCAAGGAUUCCUCACGUAAGAUCUGAAUUUUUGCAGAAAGUAUUGCAUUUAUCAAUGCAAGUUUUAUGAUAUUGCUGUUCACACUUAUAGGCUGAUACAGUAUAUUGUACGUGUGUGUGUGUGCGCGCGCGUAUAUGUUAUGAAUUUUAACAUUGCUCACCUUCUGGGCUUUUGUGUUAAAAAUCUACCAGGGUAAGCUAAAAAAAAAGGUGUCAUUGUGGUCCUUUGGUAUAAGAUUCUGUUUUGAUUUUAAGAUUAUCAAAAUAAAGGACGAAAUGGAGGUUGUGAUCAAAGUGAGUGUAGGACAUUGUUACUGGUGUACGUUCUUCUCAACAUCUACCUCCAAAGCACGGGUGAUUACAAUCUUUGAAGCAUGGGGUCAGAUUUGCUUCCAGCUUUCAGAAACGCAAGAACCCCAGCUGAAGUAACGAGCUAUAGUUUAAAGAAAAAGAUAA